GACCCUGAGACCCCCUGAAUGUCAUCAUGGCUCGUACAGGAUUCAACGUCUACCUCCCUCAGGGGGCAGAGGAAAGCUCUUGAAUGAAGAACAGGAACAUGCUAUUGUCAACAUGGUGAUUGCUGACAAUGAAAUAAAACUGAAGGACAUUCACUCCAGAGUUGUAGAGGACAACCUUGUCUUUGGGAACAUUGCAGCAAUCAGCAUAACAUCCAUUUCUCGGACUCUAGCUAAACACAGAGUCCGAAUGAAACAACUAUACAAAGUUCCUGUUGAAAGGAACAGUGAGCGCAUCAAAGAACUCCGUCACCAAUACGUCCAGAGAGUCAUGGAGUUGGAGGCUAAUCAAGUCCCACAUGAAAUUAUCUAUGUUGACGAGGCUGGCUUCAACUUGGCGAAAAGGCAUCGCCGUGGGAGAAACAUAAUUGGCCAAAGGGCCACAGUUACUGUGUCGGGCCAGAGAGGAGCCAACAUCACUAUGUGUGCCGCAAUCUCCAACAACGGUGCACUCCUGCAUAAAUGUCAGAUUGGCCCCUACAACACCGACCGCCUUCUCCUGUUUUUAGAAGACCUGCACGAAAGACUGGUGCCAGAGGUAGAAAGGGGACAGGUGGGAGACCACUUGCCAAUAUAUGUUAUCACAUGGGACAAUGUGGCAUUCCACCAUUCCCGUGCAGUCACAGCCUGGUUUGACGCCCAUCCAAGGAUGAUGUCCCAUUUCCUUGCCCCUUACUCCCCUUUCCUCAACCCCAUUGAGGAGUUUUUCUCAGCCUGGAGAUGGAAGGUUUUUGACCAUCGUCCACAUGACCAAAUGUCCCUCCUGGAUGCAAUGGAUGCUGCAUGCCAAGACAUCACAGCUGAAUACUGCCAGGGGUGGAGAAGGCAUGCCAAAAGAUUCUUCCCACAAUGCCUUGCCAGAGAAGAUAUCAGGUGUGAUGUGGAUGAGAACAUGUGGCCAAAUGCAGAAGACCGGGCAGAAUAGAAGAUUACUUUGUUUUUUUUUUAUUAUAAUUCUGGUGCUUUUUCUGUUUGUAUAUCUUGCGGUAACGUCCUUUUGCAGAUAAAGUCUGUACUGCAGCAGUUCUGUGUCUGUAUUUUUUUUUACAUACAGUAAACUGUACAUUUUAUAAAGCUACUCUGAGAUGGUCAUUCACUUUUUUGUAUUGAAUUUCUGCAGCAAAAGAAACAAAAUGCAUGCAUUUACUAAACCCAACAAAACAAAAAUGUAGAAAGGCUUCAAAUAUAAGGGCAGACCUGACACAUAAAAUAAUGCGGUUUCUGUAAUUUCAGCUGAUGAUAGUGUUUUUUUGUCAAUGUGUUAUGAUUGACUAAAUGUUCCUGUUGGAAGAGAACAUGUGUUACUGUUUUGAAUAAUUAUUUGAUUUUAAAACAUGUUUGCAGUGUUUUGCUUGACAUAGUGUACUGUGGUAGUUUAUUAUUGUAUUUUGAAAAUUAGUUUUGGGGUUUAUUUUACAAUGUGUGAUUUUGAGCAUGAAAUUAA